AUGGCAACUCUCGCAGAGCACCCGAUGCAGCCUGCAUCUUACGAGCAGGAUCUGGACUCUUUCAUCAACUUCGAGCAACUCACCUACACAUCCGACCCCUCCCGCUCCAAGAUCGCCAUGACCAGUCAACCUUCGGUCGCAAGCACAGAAUUCAGCACCAGCGACGCCCGGAGCGCCAGUUUCGCUUCAAGUGGCCAGUCUCCCCUCGCCUUCCAAGCUCCUAGUCACCAAUACGACGAGCACAGACAACAGACCGGUCUCCCUCCCGGUGCCCUGUCCAUGACCUACAACCAGGUUCCCAUGGGCUUCAGCAACAGCCAAGGGUUCCCCGUCAACGCCGACAUGUAUGCUGGUCAUCACAUGAACCGUGAGGAUGCCCAAUUCGACUUCAAUGCCGCGCCGGGCAGGAACCCGUCAGAGAUGGACAUCGAGUCUGACAACCUGAAUGCCUCGCCAUACUUCUACCCGGCCAACCCCGCCAAGGGCCAGUACGUCGAUCCCAACGCUCUCGGAGGCCAUGAGCUGGCUCAGGCUGGUCCGUCCACACAGGUCGGUCGCAUGUACCCUGGUAUGCAUCAGCAGCAGGCUGCGAUGGCCAAGGCACAGCAGCAAAAGCAGAGCGACGUCGCCCGCACCCAAGUUCAACAGCGGACCGAACAAGUCCCCGCUUUGCCCCAGGCUCGUGGCCCCCGCAACCCUGACCCUGUCGUCGAAGAGCGCAUUUCUCGUCUACUCCAGCAGAUGCGCCAGAACGCCAUGGCCAACGGCGAGGGAUCUCCCACCCCCUCCAACGGCAUGCCCCAUAUGGCCAAGUCCCGCAAGGAUGAGGCCGACAUGGACGAGGAUGAGCGCCUCCUUGCCAGUGAGGAGGGCAAGAAGCUCAGCAGCAAGGAACGUCGUCAGUUGCGAAACAAGGUCUCCGCUCGUGCUUUCCGAUCUCGUCGCAAGGAAUACAUCGGCCAACUCGAGAGUGAGGUGGCUGCCCGAACCAGCGAGGCACAUGAAGUCCGCCUCCAGAACCGCGCCCUGUAUGAGGAGAAUGCCCGCCUGAACGAUCUUGCCCGCAUGCUUCUCGGAUCUCCUCACUUCUCCAACUUCUUGAACGAGGUGGAAGGCCCCCAGCAACAGCAGCAGCAGCCCCAACAGCCGCAGCAAACCCAGCAGACUCAGCAGCCCGCGCCUCAGCCCAACAUGCAGGCUAUGCCCAAGGAAAACGCCAACCGUGGCCAGGAAUUCCAAAUGCAGCAGAACGCCCAGCCAAACAUGGUGAUGAUGCCCAACCAGGGUAUGGACCCUAACAUGGCCAUGAACAACGCUGGCUGGAACUCCGGUAUCGACAUGAACUUUGGCAACACCCCCGUCUUUGCUGUCAUGGAGGUUCCCGAGGGCCCUGCUCUUGAUGCCGAGGUGCUGUCUGGCAAGUCAUCCUCUUUCAACCUCCCCGAGAGCUCCAAGAAUGAUGCUCCCAUUGUCGAGACCCCUACCAGCGAAUCUUCCAUCCAGUCUGACAUCGGUGUCUCCAACCCCGAUGUUGAGAUUGACGAGUCCGACCCUGCCUUUGCUCUCUUUGUCGACGCUCCUACUCCCGCUUCUUCUGAUUCUGAGAUCACCUUCGAGGGUGUUUCCAGCGAGAAGGCCUCUGAGUUCGAGCUUGUCGUCGACACUUCCGUUGUCAGCGACUCAGCAAAGAGGAAUUUCAAUGCCCUUUGCAUGAGCAUUGACGCCGCUUUCGAGCGCGUGUCAGCUGUUACGUCCCACCUCAAGUGA